AUGAUUAUAAAGAAAAAAAAAAAAAAUUUAAUACAUUUUACAUGGCUUGCUUUAAUAAUAAUACCUAGUUUCUACUUUAAAAAUUUAGUUUAUGAUAGCUUUUUAAGUUUAAAAUUUGAUAAGAAUAAAAAAAAGAUCUACAACAAAAUUUCUGUAUAUAAUCCUAUACAAAAAAAUAAUAUUGAAGAGAUGAAUAAUUAUAUCCUUAAUAAUAAUUUUCAUUAA